CUGGAGCCAGCAGUCUGCCAGAAGUUAAGGACCGACUCUUUGACCUCCCUCCCCCUCUCCGUGCUCCUGUCCAAACGUGCGGGCCGCCCCCCGGCUGAUCAACAUGACAAAGCACUGGCCUGAGCAGAGUCUCUUGGCAUUACCCUCUCUGUCCCACCUUGGAGAACAUCCCGACCAUCAACUUGACUUCCACAGAAAUGCGCAGCAGAGCUUUCCUCCCCGUGGUAUAGCAGCGCGCAGCACUCCAGCACAACAUUGGCCUCACCACCCGGCUCAGAUGGUUCCCCAGCAGCAGUCGCGCUUGGAGAAGCCCGCAGCGCGCCCCGAACACCUCGCCAGUGCCACGACAUUCAUGGAUAAUCCUCAAGAUGCCCACUUCAAACAGGAAACUAACAGCAAGGACUCGUGGAGCAGUGAACGGGAGAAGAGUAGCACCAGCGGUGGAAAGAAAAAGAACUAUCAGCGGUAUCCAAAACCACCGUACUCGUACCUCGCUAUGAUUGCUAUGGUCAUCCAAAGGUCCCCAGAGAAGAAACUGACGUUAUCUGAGAUCCUGAAGGAGAUCAGUACUCUCUUCCCGUUCUUCAAAGGAAACUACAAGGGCUGGCGAGACUCUGUGCGACACAACCUCUCCUCUUAUGACUGCUUUGUGAAGGUGCUGAAAGACCCAGGCAAGCCUCAGGGCAAAGGCAACUUCUGGGCAGUGGAGCUGAGCCGUGUUCCUCUGGAGCUCCUCAAGAGGCAAAACACGGCUGUGUCGCGCCAGGAUGAGACAAUCUUUGCCCAGGAUCUGGCCCCCUACAUUCUGCAGGGACACAAGCCAGAAUCGGAGCCACCCCCUGCUCCUGUCAACCCCCUCCCUCCUAUGCGCUCCAGAAACCCCUCCCCACCACAGGAAGAUCUGUUCCGACCCAAGCUGGACUCAUCCUUUGCCAUCGACUCUCUGCUGCACAGCCUGCGGCCACCUAGUGCCUCUGGGGAUGUGGACGUGUCUACCAGGGACUGUUGGGGAAAGGUGGAGCGCCCACGGUCUUCACCACCUCCACGCCCUCGCUACGCCUCCUAUGCCCGUAGUGCCUCAGCCAGCUCUGCCAGCCCGGCCUCCACCUCCUCCUCCUCCUCCUCCUCUUCUGAUGAGGAAUGGAAAGGCAUGUCCCUGUCUGGGAAGCGUGUUCCUCUUGAUGGUGAAGCUGGGUCAGAUGGUUAUGAGGACUACAGACCGCCACUGCACAAAUCAGCCAGACGGGAUACUGUUGCACCUCCAUGGGAGCUCCCUACCUCCUACGCCAAAUACGCUCCCCCCAAUGCUGUUGCCCCACCCAGCAUGCGGUUUAACGGGGGUCCUCUAAUGCCACUGCAUGGUGGACUUCCCAUUUACGGCUAUGGCGGUUCUCCUGUGGCACCUGGUCACUUCUUAGGUCAUGCCUAUUGGCCCAUCCUCCCCAGUGGACGAGUUUCUGUCCAAGCACCUCCCCUCAUCAUGGACCUGGACAACAUGUUGCAAUCUGUGCCUCCGAAUAAGAGUGUGUUUGACGCAUUAGUACCAUCCAGUCAGAACUCUCACUCACAUCACCAACCACCCAGUCAGUACAGCCUGCAGAAUGGGCCUCCUUUAAACAGGUACCCUCAGUACUGACUGACUGACCCUGACCUACUGACUCAUACUGAGCCAUACUGUCACUCAAAAAUGCAUCAAUGCUAAACCACUGUGAUGCAUAACAGGAAGUUUAAUCAAGAUACACAAAGGAAAUGCUGCUUUCAUUUCGAGCUGAACUACAAAUAAUGCCAUUGAUAGAUUCAUGUUCUUUUUUUUUUAGGUGAAAAAUACGAAAUAAUUUCAAAUACGAACACCUUGUUUCUUAUAUACAUGUGGAGUAUUGCAUAGUUUCCCAUGGAGAAUGGUACCUCAAACAGCUAUACAAUAAGAAGUAUCUACCUCAGUCUUCCAAUCAAAUGGAGUGUGUAUUACCAGAGGCUCUUUGCACUGCCGAUUAUAUUUGCACUGUUUUUAUUGGCAUGAAUUUGUUUCCUUACACAUGUUGUCUACCUAUUGUGACUGCUGAAUGUAUUGCUGGAUUUAAUAUUG